AUGAAGUUUGCAACUGCUGCUGCCGUCUUCGCUGGCCUUGCUGCCGCGGGCCCUGUCGAACUCAGCGAGCGCCAGAGCUGCCCAAAGGUCUACAUCUUCGGUGCACGUGAAACCACUGUUCCUCAAAGCAACGGAUACGGAACUGCUGGUGGUCUUGUCAACUCUGUCAAGUCAGCCUUCCCUGGCGCUGGCUCCGAGGCUAUUGUCUACCCUGCAUGUGGUGGUGGAUCAGCCUGCGGCGGCAUCAGCUAUGACAACUCCGCAUCCCAAGGUACCGCAGCUGUUGUCAAGGCUGUAACUGCCUACAACCAGAAGUGCCCCAGUACCCAAAUCGUCCUCAUUGGAUACUCUCAGGGUGGCCAAAUCAUGGACAACGCACUCUGCGGUGGUGCAGGUGCCACUCUUACCGGCAACGCUCUCGCCGCUGUCAAGGCCGCCAUCUUCAUGGGUGACCCACACAACCGCUCCGGCCUCCCUUACAAUGUCGGCACUUGCCGAGCCCAAGGUUUCGCUGCCCGUCCCCAAGGCUUCACGUGCUCUCCCGCCAACGGCAGCAUCAUCCAGAGCUACUGCGACUCUCAGGACCCAUACUGCUGCAACGGAAACGACGCAAACCACCACCAGCAGUACGUCAGCAUCUACGGCAACCAGGCUCUCACCUUCAUCAAGAGCAAGGUUACUGCUUAA